AUGGAACAAUGGAAUCACACCACCACUGGUUUCUUCUUACUGGGGCUCUUUCCCCCAACAAAAACUGGCCUGCUCCUCUUCCUCCUGGUUGUCCUCAUCUUCCUAAUUGCCUUCCUGGGUAACUCAACCAUGAUUCUCCUCAUCUGGCUGGAUCACCACCUCCACACCCCCAUGUACUUCCUGCUCAGUCAGCUCUCCCUCAUGGAUCUCAUAUAUAUUUGCAGUACAGUUCCCAAGAUGGCUGUCAACUUCCUUUCUGGGGACAAUUCCAUUUCUUUGGUGGCUUGUGGAUUUCAAAGUUUCUGUUUUUUACUCAUAGCUGGUGGUGAAGGGUUACUCUUGGCAUCCAUGGCCAUUGACCGUUAUGUGGCCAUCUGCCGCCCCCUCCAUUAUUCUAUUCUCAUGAACAAGAGAAUGUGUUUGCUGAUGAUUGCUAUGUCUUGGGUCAUUUCAUGCAUCAAUUCCAUUUGCCACACAGUAUAUGCACUCUGUAUGCCCUAUUGCAAAUCCAGAAUCAUUAACCAUUUCUUUUGCGAUAUCCCAGCCAUGUUGCCUCUAGCCUGCAUGGAUACCUCGGCCUAUGAAUACACGGUAUUCUUCAGCACAAACCUGUUUCUUUCAGUCCCUUUCAGCUGUAUCAUGGUUUCUUAUGGUCAGGUUCUCUAUGCAGUCCACCACAUGCGCUCAGCACAGGGGAAGAAGAAAGCUUUCACCACCUGUUCCACCCACCUGAUUGUGGUGGCAUUCUAUUGUGUCCCAUUUGCAUAUACAUAUCUGAGGCCCCCAUCUUUGCAUUCCCCAGAAGAGGAUAAAAACUUGGCUGUUGUCUACACUAUUCUCACCCCUAUGCUUAACCCCAUCAUUUAUAGCCUGAGGAAUAAAGAGGUUCUGGGGGCCUUCCAGAGAGUCCUUGGGAGAUCCUUAUCCCAAAAAGAGUAG